UAAGGGACCGAGCAGCGCGUGCACUGUUAGCGAGUGACAGGAUCCGAGCGUACACCUGUUGGAGGGCUGCAGGUGAAAACGGGAGUUUGGAUACCAACGGUUCGGCGGUUGAAAGGGGAUUGUCGUUGAGUUUCAGCUGCCGUGGUGCUGAGGACUGGUGAAUUACAAGCAGCUUGUCUGAAAAUGGAGUUUGGAAGCAUAAAGUCCACUGUUGGGCUGAUUUAUGAUGAGUUCAUGCAAAAUGCAGAUACACGGACGGAGAAUUGGCUGCUCAUGUCGUCUCCUCUCCCCCAAACCAUCAUCAUCGCAGCAUACAUUUAUUUUGUGACAUCACUGGGGCCUCGAAUCAUGGAGAAUCGCAAAGCCUUUGACCUCAAAGGAGUUCUUGUAGUCUACAAUUUCAGCGUGGUGGCCCUGUCACUCUACAUGUGCUAUGAGUUUGUGAUGUCAGGAUGGGGAACCGGAUAUUCCUUUCGCUGCGACUUGGUGGACUACUCUGACUCGCCACAAGCCAUCAGGAUGGCAGCAACAUGCUGGCUUUACUACUUCUCAAAGUUCAUUGAGAUGUUAGACACAAUUUUCUUUGUGCUGAGGAAGAAGAACAGCCAGGUGACUUUCCUUCAUGUCUAUCAUCACUCCAUCAUGCCAUUCACCUGGUGGUUCGGUGUCCGCUUUGCUGCAGGUGGACUGGGAACAUUCCACGCCCUGCUUAAUUGUGUCGUUCACGUGAUCAUGUACACAUACUAUGGGCUGACUGCCAUGGGGCCCAAGUACCAGAAGUACCUGUGGUGGAAGAAGUACCUCACAACCAUCCAGCUGAUUCAGUUUGUUAUGGUGACCAGCCACAUCUCCCAGUAUUUCUUCAUAAAGGACUGCCCAUACCAGUUCCCAAUCUUCGUCUACAUCAUCGGCCUGUACGGCCUGAUUUUCUUGUUUCUCUUCCUCAACUUCUGGUACCAUGCCUACACCAAGGGCAAGAGACUGCCAAAAGUCCUUCAGGCUCAGACAUGGUCGCACCACACCAACGGCGUCAUGAAUGGAAACGCCAAUCAUGACAAGGAUGAGUGACGCAGCAGCUUCUCAGGGGUUUGGGGUUGAGUAAAAUAAGGAAACUACUGUGGUAGUCUGAGAUGCAAACCCAGUUUGUCUGGACUUUAUGUAUUUUUUUUUUUUUUUUUGAUAACUCCUCUACUUACAAACUGCAAAAGACAAUCUUUAAAUUAUAAGCGAAACUAUAUUUAAGGUUACUGAACCAAACCGAAAGGUUUAGCUUUUCUGAUUUCUACUGAAGGUAAGGCCAAAGUUCUCCCACAGAGAUGUCGACACUUAAGAAAUGAAUAAAAUAAAGUCUUAGAAACUGACCACCUGCUCUAUAGGGCUCUUCCAGUGAGAGCCUGUGCUGUGCAGGAAUACUGGCUUCCUCACAAAGCUUCUAAAACAGAUCUUUCUUUUUUUUUUCUUUUACCCUUUUUAUUCAGAUUUGAUCUUACUUCUCAAAAUACUUUAAAAAAAAAAAAAAAAAAACAACAAAAAACUGCACUGAAAUCAAGGGUUGUUUAUUUCACUCUACCUAAAAGAACGACCGUUCAGAAGCCACGCGUCCUGUUUUUCAGGUCUUUGUUCAAAGGGCUACAAGCAAGCACAACCGGGUUUAGGUGUUUGAGAGCGCACGUCCACUUCUCUGCUGCUUGAUUCACAGCUGCUGCUCGUGAUGUAGACAUUCAUUGAAAAUACAGUCUUUAAACGGCAUCAGUUUUCGCUUCUGACUUGAGUCUCCUAUGAACCGUUGCUGUUACACAUGCCGGGGAGGGCAGAUGAAGUUCUUGUAGGAUCCAGAGCAGAGCUUUAGUGAGAGUUUUUGCUGCUUCCUUGCAGAGACAUAAUGCAAAAAUUAAGACUAUUACAAGACUUGCACAACAUGCACAACUUAGCCAUUCAGUUGGAAGAUAUGGGCAGCUUUGCUUGACUGCUACGCUUCAUGUGUUGAAAUUCUGUGGCUAACGGGGUCUUCACAUAGCUGGAGUUGGCCUUUUUGGACUUAACUCUUGAAUAGUUUUUGUAUGUUAUGAUGACCUUUUAACCUGAAGUGAAUAUAACACUCUGCGUCUCUGGUGACUGAGGACACAGGAUUGAGCUUUGUGUGGAAAGAUUUACUUAUUUGUUUUUUGUUUUUAUUUUUUUCUCUUCCCCAUGUGCAAACGCACAACACAAAAUAUUUACAGAUAUGUAAUAUAGCUUUUUUCCCCAGACCCCGCCUUGUAUUAAUGGAGAAAAAUGCAACAAAAAAUGAAAUGUUUAUAUUGU